UAAAGAGCAAUACACGAACGCGGUUUUGGCGUCAUCACGCUCUAUCGAACUACUCUACGCUGCUUCUGCCUCCAACGACUCUCCGGCUCCGCCUUUCAGGUGUGACUGAGGAAAGAUCAGGCAGAAUAUUAUUCCACGCUCUUUUGCUUCUCUUCUCCGCUUUGACAAGUCUACACGCAAUUGGCCCUCCAUCUUCCUUCCCCUCCUCUUUUCAAAUAUUAUAUGUUUCCUCAUUUCUUCAACCCUCAUCCAAUUAUCAGUCGAUCACCCUCCAUUACUUUACUUUCUCCUUUUAAAUCUAUUGUCGCCCUCUUUCUCUCCCUAUCUUACGGUGGUUGCAUAGAAUAGGAUCACCAGCGUAGUCUCUCAGAUUCAUCACACAAGAAAUAUGGAUAACAAUCAGCAAUCUUUCUGGCAAUUCAGCGAUCAGCUUCGGCUACAGUCGUCAAACUUGGCUAAUCUCUCGCUUAAUGAUUCGAUUUGGGGGAAUUCCUUCACUGCCAAGAGGCCCGAGGAGAGGCGGAAUUUCGAUAUCAGGGUCGGCGGUGACAGGUCUUCCUCUUCUUACUUUAAGCAGAAGGGCUCCGAUUUUAAUGUGUUUAACGAUGAUUGGAAGAUCGGGACUAGUAUUGGAGUUGGAGCAGCAGCAACCCAAAAGAACGCUGCCGUUAAUGGGGUCUUCAACAAAGGGGUUUAUUCCAAGCAACCCGUAAACAACAUCAACAUCUGUCACAGCAACGGAAACAACAAGAGCAAUAAGAACACUAAGAACGAAGACGAUCAUGAAGGAAAAGGCGGGAAGAAGAAUAACAAGAACAACAACAACAAUGACAACAAUAAGACCAGCGUUGACAAGAGAUUCAAGACCCUCCCACCAUCAGAGUCUCUGCCUCGAAAUGAAGCAAUUGGGGGAUACAUCUUUGUCUGCAACAAUGACACCAUGCAGGAGAAUCUCAGGAGGCAGCUCUUUGGUCUGCCUCCGAGAUACAGAGAUUCCGUCCGAGCUAUAACGCCGGGGUUGCCCCUCUUCCUCUACAACUAUUCCACCCACCAACUCCAUGGAAUAUUUGAGGCUGCCAGUUUCGGAGGAACAAACAUUGAUCCAACUGCUUGGGAAGAUAAGAAGAAUCCUGGGGAAUCGCGUUUCCCUGCUCAGGUACGAGUUGUGACAAGGAAAAAUUGCGAGCCAUUAGAGGAAGACUCGUUUAGACCGAUCCUUCACCACUAUGAUGGCCCCAAGUUCCGCUUAGAGCUUAAUGUACCGGAGGCACUGGCACUUUUGGAUAUAUUUGCAGAUAAGAAUGCUUGAAGCCUUCCUGAAACAAAAACCCAUUUGGCGAUGGCGGAUGUAUUUUACAUAUACAGCUUUUUAUUGAGUGAGAAUGACUUAUGCAGGAGAGAGAGAGAGAGAGAGAGAAUUGACGCUGGUGGUGGUGUGUGUGCUGUGCAGUGUGCACUCGUAACCCGUUUUGGCUUUGAGAAGAAUCUUGUUUUAGGUUUUAGAGAUGAUGUUUCUGUAUCAGCUUAAUUAGUAACUAUUUAUACAAUACAAAUACAAAACAUGACUGCUGAAGAGCUAUGGGCUUAUGGCCACCAAUGAAGUAUGUACAAAUAAAUAUUUUUCAGCAAAACAAACACAUUUGGUUCCUGAA